AUGGCGUUUUCGCUAUUCUCCGUUGUUUCUUUAUCUGUUAUUUAUCGGUUGACUAUCAAUUUUCCCGAAUUACCGUAUACUGGAGAGUUGAAAAAUGUUGAAUCCGAAGAAUUUUUGAAAAUUUCCGGUGAAAUUGUUGGAGAGAUUCAUCGCGUUUUGGAACAUUUGAAUGUUGAUGGAAAACAUUUAGCGAGAGUUUCAGAUUAUAGGUGCGUUUUGGAUUGAUUCACAAAAUUAUUGGGGCUGGAGAAGAGGGAUAUGAUAUUUUGAAGUUCAAAAUUUUGAGAUAUAAAUUAUGAACGGGAUUUCGAAGAUUUUAAAUGAGGUUGAGUUUUCUAAUAAAAAAAUUUUUUGAAAAGAAAAGUUCAGAUCUUCAAAUUUUCUCAUUUUCAAAAUAUUUUCACGUCACAAUUAAACCAAUUUUUCACAAAAAACCACCCACGUUUUUUCCUCCAAUACACAAUUUUUUAUGAUUCACGAAAUUUCUAUUCAUUUUUCGAUUUGACUACACAAAAAUACAUACAUUACUACAAUGUUUACUUUCGGCGUUAAAAUCUUUUCUCAACAAAAAAACUCGAGUAUUUACACUGAUUAUCAUCAUCAUUGUUGUGUGUGUGUUUUUCAGAUAUCAUAAUGUUAUUGGAACUCUUGUGAAUGUGGAUAUUUAUUUCGAGAAAGAAAAUCCGCUGGUUUCAGAUGCUAUACUUUCAGCAAUCAAAAAUGGAUAUAUUGGAAGUUUUAAAGUGUCAGACGAGGGUUUUGAAUUGCAUGUUGUUAGGGGUGUGUUUUUUUUUGUUGCAAAGUUAAACUGAGAUCUAGAAAUGUGUUAAACAAACCAACUAAAUUGAAUAAUUUUUUGAAGAUUCUGAAACCUCAUGUGGAUCUUCUGAAUUCACCUGCCUUGAUAAAACCUGUAUUCCGGCGGAUCAACGUUGUGAUGGAAGACGAGAUUGUCCAGAUGGAUCAGAUGAACAUAAACAUCACGCAAAAUGCAAACAACAUCAGCCAAUUAUUCAUCAAACUCAGAAAAUUGUUUUCACUCCAAGAAAUGAAUCGGUUCAUUUAUCAGCAACUGUCGAAAAUUCAGAUCAGGAUACUGUGAUUAAUUGGUAUCGUGGUGAAGUUUUGUUGGGUGUUGGACAAGUUACUGUAAUUGAGGAUAAAAGGAUUAGGGUUUAUCAAAAAGGGGAGAAACAUUAUUUGAUGAUUAAAAAUGUGACAACAAGUGAUGAUGGAACUUAUCGAAUGUUGGUUAAAGAUAUGAAUGUACACGCUGAUUUUGAAGUGAGCAGAAAAAUAACUUGAACAUUUUCAAGUUAUUUUUUAAACAUCAACAUUUAUUUACAGAUCCGAAUAACUGCUGAUUUCGUUCCUCAAGAAUCCGAUGAUUGUCCAUCCGGUCAACGUGCCUGUAAAUCAGGUCAUUGUAUUCCAGUGUCAGAAUUUUGUGAUCGCCGUGUUCAGUGUCCUGAUGGAGAUGACGAAUUCGAUUGUUCAGGUAUGAAUAUGACUAAUCAUUUUUCUAUUCAUUUCCAAAAUGUAAUUAAAAAAUUUUGGCUGGACACAUAGCCGACCAACCAACAAAAAAUCACAUUUUUUAUUUAUUAUUAGAAAAUUACUUAUGCAAAUAGACAAACUUUUGCACUUGAGCAGAUUUUUUGCAUGCAUAAUAUUUUUCAAACACAACAAAAACAAGAUGUUAUAUUUGAACAAUGAAUUAAGACAUUUUUUUGUUUCUUGACAGAAGUGCAAUGCAAAUUCAACGAGUUUCAAUGUGAAUUGUCGGGAAUUUGUGUGCCAAAAGUUGUUGAAUGUGAUGGUUGGAGGGAUUGUCACGAUGGAUCGGAUGAGAAGGUACGGAAAUAGUUAUAAUUCAUAGAAAAAAUAGAAAGAAAACAAAAGAGAAUCUUCAAAUAUUUUCAUCAUUUUCGAAAAUCAAAAUAUAUAAGUUUUAGAGAAAUUUCUAGAAAUUUUAUUUAUUUUAUUUAUUCACGACAUUGGAAGAACACCGUUAAAUAGUAGAAAUAAAAAUUACGAAAAAUGUUCAAAAUAAGUAGAUGACCCAAGUAUAAGACACACACACACAAAAAUACUUCAAAAGUUGUAAAUUCUAGACUUGCAAAAAAUAUUGACCUACGAAAAUUUUUUGACCACACUGUUGCCGAGAAGGAAGCGACACAUAGCCAUUAUAUUUUCGUGUUAGUAUUAGUGUUUAAUAUUAUUGAUUGGCCUGUGUCGACUAUUCAAAAUUACAAUACUGAUUUUUUUUUCGAUUUUUCUAAAAAACAUUUUUUAUUAUUAGUUUUAAAAAUUUUCAAUGUUUUAAACUAUUUUCUUAUAUUUUUUCAUCCGAGUCUCCAAAUAAUUUUCGAACACAUUUUUCUAUAAAAUUUCUUUGUUUUUUUUAGAACUGUACAUCAUCCAAAAAGAUCUACAAACCACAUCAUCAAAAAGCCAAACUCAAUGUAAAAUGUCACGAUGGAAGUGAACCCGAGUUCAGUUUACAUGGAUCAAGUUAUUGUUGGUCAAACUCGGUGUGUCCACAAUCAUCCGAAUGUGUCCACGGAUUAUGCUGUCCAAUUUCAAGUUAG